CCGGCCGGACUCGGAUGGCGGCGGCGGCCUCAGCUGGGGAGCCGCAGCCCCGCCUAGUCCGGCUGAGCUGAAGCAGCUCACUGUUUCCAUUCUCUACCCCAGCGGGGAAGCUGGGCGGCCGCUCCUCAGGCUGCGAUAAGCUUCUUCCGCUUCCCAUUCUCUUGCCAGAAUCCGUUUUCAGCUUUGAAAGGGUGGGUUGCAACAGCAGCAGCAGAGAUCAUAUUCAACCAGAUCCUCAGUUAAAAGAAGAGCUGUUUCCGGACCGAUCCUUGCUCUCUUUAAGAGCUGGGUUGAAUUCAGAUGCUUAAAGACAGGGAGAAACAGCGCCCGCACGAAGAAAGAUAAUUAGAUAAUUAACUGUAUUGGCUAUAGUUCUAUUCCUGCUAUUUUCGCCAUUGCAAAAUCGACUGGAGUAGAGACAUUGGAUAGAAAGAUGACGGCAACCUGUGGUUUUAAGGUGAUUUAAGAUUUACAUCAUGCGCGAAUAUAAACUAGUAGUUCUUGGUUCGGGAGGUGUUGGGAAGUCUGCAUUGACUGUACAGUUCGUUCAAGGAAUAUUUGUUGAAAAAUAUGAUCCAACGAUAGAAGAUUCCUACAGAAAGCAAGUUGAAGUAGAUGCACAACAAUGUAUGCUUGAAAUCCUAGACACAGCAGGAACGGAACAAUUUACAGCAAUGAGAGACCUCUACAUGAAAAAUGGUCAAGGAUUUGCUUUAGUUUAUUCCAUCACAGCACAAUCCACAUUUAAUGAUUUGCAGGAUCUACGAGAACAAAUUCUUCGAGUCAAAGACACUGAUGAUGUUCCAAUGAUUCUGGUUGGCAAUAAGUGCGACUUGGAAGAUGAACGAGUUGUGGGAAAGGAACAAGGACAAAAUUUAGCAAGGCAGUGGAAUAAUUGUGCAUUUUUAGAAUCUUCUGCAAAAUCAAAGAUAAAUGUUAAUGAGAUCUUUUAUGACCUUGUGCGACAAAUUAACAGAAAAACUCCUGUGCCUGGAAAAGCACGCAAAAAGUCAUCAUGUCAGUUACUUUAAUACAUGUAUGUACUGUAGCACUGAGCCAGGUCUGAAGAACUGUUGCCGACUACAACAGUGCCAGCAUUCCAACUUUAUUAAAACUACCAACAUCUUAAAUGGACUUUCCUGUGGUGGUACCCUUAUAAAAUGGAUGACAGCUACAUCAGUUUGCACAUUCUAAUCACUUUCCAGUGUCACAAGAGAUUUCUACGUAUACAUAAUCUAAAUGUAUGCAACUGGUAAAACCAGAGCCUACAUCCAGUAUUACCAGUGAGAGACAUUGUUCAUCUACCAAUGUUGUACAUGUAUGAAACCCGUACUGUAUACUGCAACAAACCCCAUACUUCCUAUUGGAGAGUACAAUAAUGUAAAUCAUAAAAGCACCACUAUUUUAGCAUAAUAAAAGAAAGUCCAAAGAGCUCCUAUAUAGACUACUCCAGAUAACUUUGCUUCAUUGGUAUUUGUAGCUUAUUGUAACUUUUUUAAAAAAUACAGGAUCAUCAUUGUAUUGUACAAAAGCGCUUUGAUUAACACAACAGCUAUAUAGUUUUUUAAUUUUAGGAUAAAAAAACCUGUGGAGACAGUGAACUAGUGUCUUUAAAAUGAGUCCUUUCAGUAUAAUGUCUGUCUAAAGACAUUGCCUUUAAUAUCUGUUGGGAAGGAAAUGUCCAGAUUUUUCAACCUUUUAUCGUAUGUUUCCUUUUCCUUGUUUACAUAGGGAACAAUGUUUAUAGUUGUGUGUACAGUGGGGGUCUACAACAAGAAGUGUAUAUUUUAAAACAAUUUUUUAAUGAUUUAACAAUUUUUUGUAAAUCAUUUUUGGGCUUCUGCAGCUGUAGAUUCUCACUGUGAAUUCCCUUGCUUGCUCAUGCAUAAGUGUAUUUGCAAUACCAAAUAUACAGGUUUAGUACUUUUGCCUGUUAGUGAUUGUUUUACAUGUGUAACGUUUUGGUUGAGAUAUUAAAUGGUGGACGAGUACUGUGGAUGUGAAUGUGGGAAGUAAUUUUAAUCAUGUGUAAUUGGUCCCAAGGCCUAAGUUGCAGUAAUUACCUUUUUGCAGAUUUAUUUAACAAUGCCUUGUUGCUUUGUAUGCAUUGUUUGGGUGUAAAGAUUGUGUGUAAAAUCCAACAGGGAGCCACAGUAUUUAAAUUGACAACCUAAUGUUACAACUGCUUUGAGGUGGCCAAAUGUAAACUAAAAGCCUUAAUUAAAAGUGGUGCAAUUUUGUAUGACUUAGCAUCAGUAGUUCAAUAAAUUGGAUUGCCAUGCAAGGGCUUGCAUUACAACUACCUGUUCUGUAACAGAUUGUUUUGUGUAAUGUUUUAAUAUCAUUAAUGAAAUGUUAAAAUUAUCCAAAUAGCAGAAUUUAUUCUAUAAAGAGCCUGUCAGUUUUAUACAUCUCCAACCUCUUUUUCCAUUGACCCAAUUGGUAGCCCCAAUUAGUAUCUCAGCUCCAUAAGCACAAGCCAGUAUAGGCAAUGGUGAAACAUUGUGGGAACAGUAGUGUAAAUGUUUGAAGGAUAUCCCAUUGCCUAUAUAUCUAAGAUAUGGCUUUGUACUACUAAAGAUACCUAUGAUUUGUUUCAAUAGAAAUUCUGCAGAGUUUGAUCUGUAUCCACUGAGAAAUGUGAAUAUUCCAUGGUUGGUGCACUGAAGAAAUCAACACAAUAGGUUGAUUUUGUCUUGCCCCAGAAAGGAGAGAAUGCAUAACUAGAUCUUUGUAUUUGGCUUCUCAUUCCUUCCAGUCAUUUCCCUUCUUUCAUCCUAGAUAAGGUUCUGUUUCUCUUAACUGUUUCUUUUGUGCCUUAUCUGACUGCUUUGUUUUCUUGGACUAUCCUUAGCUCCCAGGCUUUUUUGAAACUAAUGGAUUAAGAAGAUACCACAUCUGUCAUUCUAAGACAUUCAUGUUUAUCAGAAUUCUGAUUAUCCGUUUUAGUAUCCAUCCACUUUUUUCCAUGGCAAACAUCACACUCCUCUGUAACUUGGUCUGCCUUUCUAUAGAUAGGGCUAUUUAUAUGCUUUUUUUUUUUUUUUUACAAAAUUGAUCUUUUUUUGACUCAUGCAGGCAUACAUUUAGAUGCAGUGCUAGAAAUCUAUACAGUAUAAAAACACUUAGAAAAAACUUUAAUUGCUUACCUAUAAAUUACAAGAUUUAAUCUAGCUCUAUAGAAAUGAACAACUUUUAUAAUUUUGCCACAAAUCCCAGGUGCUUUGACUUCUUCCUCAGGACAUGGGUCAGAGUUAGUGCAGUGGUUAAGGCAUCAGGAUAG